GGUAGGGGGCAGUCAACCAUCACUUCCAGUUCCGCAAAGAAAAGCUACACUAGUUUCUCUCCGGAUACAUUUAGCCUGCACACCUCACAGAAAGAAACGCCGCAUUCUCACGUUUUGAUAACUUGAACCGUUGCAGAUGGCGACUACUAAAGUUCCAGAGGUUCGUGACAUCACACGGAUUGAGAGAAUUGGUGCACAUUCUCACAUCCGUGGACUUGGUUUGGAUGAUGCUUUGGAACCAAGACAGGUGUCUCAGGGGAUGGUUGGUCAGCUGGCCUCCAGACGGGCAGCAGGGGUCAUCCUCGAGAUGAUCAAAGACGGCCACAUAGCUGGCAGGGCGGUGCUGUUUGCAGGCCAGCCCGGCACUGGAAAGACCGCCAUCGCCAUGGGUAUUGCUCAGAGCCUCGGGCCGGACACCCCCUUCACAGCGCUGGCCGGCAGUGAGAUCUUCUCCCUGGAGAUGAGCAAGACUGAAGCGCUCAGCCAAGCCUUUAGAAAAGCUAUUGGAGUGAGGAUCAAGGAGGAGACGGAGAUCAUCGAAGGAGAAGUUGUAGAAAUCCAGAUCGAUCGACCUGCCACUGGAACGGGUGCCAAGGUAGGCAAGUUGACCUUGAAGACUACUGAGAUGGAGACAAUAUAUGACCUGGGCAACAAGAUGAUUGACAGUCUCAGUAAAGAGAAGGUUCAAGCGGGUGAUGUCAUCACCAUCGACAAGGCUACCGGCAAGAUUAGCAAAUUGGGCCGCUCCUUUACCAGAGCUCGAGACUAUGAUGCCAUGGGAGCUCAGACCCAGUUUGUGCAGUGCCCGGAGGGUGAGCUGCAGAAGAGGAAGGAGGUGGUGCACACGGUGUCCCUGCACGAGAUCGACGUCAUCAACAGCCGCACGCAGGGCUUCCUCGCUCUUUUCUCCGGAGACACCGGCGAGAUCAAGUCGGAAGUGCGCGAGCAGAUCAAUGCCAAAGUUUGCGAAUGGAGAGAAGAGGGCAAGGCGGAGAUCAUCCCCGGGGUGUUGUUUAUUGAUGAAGUGCACAUGCUAGAUAUGGAGUGUUUCUCCUUCCUGAACCGUGCCUUGGAGAGUGACCUGUCCCCUGUUCUCAUCAUGGCCACCAACAGGGGCAUCACUCGCAUUCGUGGCACAAACUACCAGAGCCCUCAUGGGAUCCCCCUGGAUCUGUUGGACCGCCUGCUUAUCAUCGCCACCUCCCCUUACACCGAAAAGGAGACGAAACAGAUCCUAAAGAUCCGGUGUGAGGAGGAGGACGUGGAGCUGAGCGAGGAGGCUCACACGGUCCUGACUCGCAUCGGCAUGGAGACGUCGCUGCGAUACGCCAUGCAGCUCAUCAGCACGGCCGGUUUGGUGUGUCGCAAACGCAAGGGCACAGAGGUACAAGUAGAGGACAUCAAGAAGGUUUACUCUCUCUUCCUGGAUGAGGCCAGAUCUUCUCAGUACAUGAAGGAGUAUCAGGAGUCCUUCCUCUUCAACGAAACGCAAACAACUCAGAUGGAAACCUCGUAAUGAAAAAGUCUUGUUUUCUUACUAUGUCAAUUUAUAAUGUUGUCUAUCUUCCGCGCAGUUGUCUGUUCAAACUUUUCCUCCAAUUUGAAAUAAACAACAAGCGACUGACUUGCAAUAUUAUGGGUUUGUUUGGGCAGCAGAUCGGCUAUUUCCAUUCUUUAUUUUUAUAAUUUCCAAUAUGUUUUCCUUAAUUUGUACCAAUUCUUCAUAUAAAAUAGCAAUUAAAAAAAUAAUAAACAUGGUAUUUAUCUUCCUAAGCAAGUCAACAGUGUACUGCUGUGCAUUGAGCAUGAACAAUCAAUCACUUGCAGGAUUUCUUGACAUUUGUCUUCCCAGUUCACCUUUUUAUAUUACAUUGUUUGAGCGUGUCGCCUUCAUGUUUGUCUCUGAGGUCUGGUAGGAAUACCCAUUCCCCGUGUGUUCUUGGUUGAGUCGUCAUUACAUGGUUUUCAUUUUUAUGAAAAUGAUUAAAAAGGUUUUAACAACAAA